AUGGCUGGGCUAGAAAACCUAAGUGAGAGGGACAGGGCUGUUCUGCGAAGUAUAUUCGAUCCUACGGCGACUAUAGGUGAUGUUGUGGACGAGGGCGAUAAAUUUCAAGAAGACGAAUCAGAGCCUUCUACACCAGCAUACAAGGAAUCGAAAUCUUUGAGCCUGCGUGGUAUGCAGUUAGCAGAGGCUGGUAAACUGGAGGAAGCAUUAGAUCUGAUGAACAAAGCAGUUGAAGCGACUCCUGAGAGAGCUGCCGCGUAUAACGAUCGGGCGCAGUUGCUGCGACUUAUGUUAAAAGAUAGUGAAGCUAUGUCGGAUCUGGAGCGUGCUCUACAACUGACUGAGGGCAAGAGGACCCGCGCUAGGGCUUUAGCACUUUGUCAACGCGGUGUGCUCCUACGCAAGCGUGGCUCCGAUGAGGACGCGCGUACUUCUUUUACUGAGGCUGCUAAAUUAGGAAGUAGUUUUGCUAAGAAACAGGUCGUCGAAAUGAACCCAUACGCAGCCCUUUGUAACCAAAUGUUGAGUCAAAUCAUGAAGGGAGAAAGCGAGAUUAAAUUAUAA